UACGCGCGGCUGAACUUGACGCGGUCCGCAAGCGCCAAAGACAUCAAGAAGGCAUACUACCGUGCGGCCUUGCAAACGCACCCGGACAAGGUUGACGAGGUGGAGAAGGAGGCGGCGACCGCUCGCUUCAAGGCAAUUUCCGAGGCGUACGAGGUGCUCGGCGACGACAACCUUCGGCGUGUGUACGACGCGUCGGGU